AUGGUCAUGGAGUGUGCCGAACGUGUGGUUGCUAUCAGAAGCAAGAUAACGUACCAGAUCCACGUCUCUUAUGGCUCCGAAACUGGCGCUGUAUCGAUGCUCGUUGAUCCUGUAAUCGUCCGCCGGAUCGAUUGCCUAACCGCAUUGAAUGGAUCGGAUGUCGAUCUCCUUACCUCUGUUGAGCGCUUGAGUGGUGUUCGGAUGCAGAUCCCCGCCAAUGCAGAGCUUGCGACAGACAUUAGAAAGGCAAUCGAGCACAAUAUUAGGCACUUGGCCGUUACGGCGAGCAUUUCUUUCAGUGUUGUUGGUGGGGAAGAACCCAAGGACCCUAAUGGCAGUAACAAUUUGGCCGAGAAGGUAGCUCCGAAAGGGUACAUUAGCCUGCAAGAGCAUCACGACGCUAUGCCUCGUGCCAGCGCAAUACCUCGUCGCCACUCAACAACUUCGUUCACUGGCAAUGAUUCGGGCACCGAGAGCUGCUCAACGGUUGGGGCAACUCCACCGUCCGACGAGGCGAGCGACACGUUCCUAAUGUCCAAGGGACGUAGUUCCGACCUCAUUCGCCUAAACCUUCAAUUAGCAACACUCACGCAACUCCUGAUCCUCAAACGAGGCGUGGGCCGUUUGACGGGCAGGCUGCAGUCUUGA